CACCACGUCCAUUCUAUAUCUUGUCACUGAUUAAAUCACUUAGCAGAACCCUCUAAACUCUUCUUCCAACUUCUUCAAAAUGUUCCUCUUGAUCCUUCCUGAACCAUCAUCGUUCAUCCACUAUAUAUAUACUCUCACACCAUUCCCAUUUUCUCAUCAACAAAACAACAACACUUCAUUAAUCUCAUUUUACUAUCUCCUAACCAACAAUGUCGAUAAUUCCAAGUGUUUUUGGAACAGGAAGAAGAACAAACAUUUUCGACCCAUUCUCACUAGAAAUAUGGAACCCAUUUCAAGACCUCCGACCCAUCACCACCGGAACCACAGCCGAAACAGCAGCAUUCGCAAACGCGCGAAUUGACUGGAAAGAAACACCAGAAGCACAUAUCUUCAAGGCCGAUCUUCCCGGAGUGAAGAAGGAAGAAGUGAAAGUUGAAAUUGAAGAGGAUCGUGUUUUGAAAAUUAGUGGAGAGAGAAAAAUUGAAAAGGAAGAUAAAGAUGACACGUGGCAUCGUGUUGAACGCAGUCAGGGAAGUUUUUUACGACGUUUUAGGUUGCCGGAGAAUGCUAAGGUUGAUAGUGUGAAAGCUGCUUUGGAGAAUGGUGUGCUUACUGUUACUGUUGGUAAGGAAGAGGUUAAAAAGCCUGAUGUUAAGCCCAUUCAGAUUACAGGCUAAGCCCAUUUAGUCUUACCCUAUAUUGGGUGGGCUUUUUAGUAUUGGGCCUUUGGUUUGGUGUGUCUCAAUAAAAUGUGUGAUAAUAAUAAUAAUAAGGAAAUAAAUGUAUGUAGCUGAGUUCUAGGCUUUUAGGAGAUUGAGAAAUGUUAUGUGAUGUUAUAUGGACUUGGCUAUUGUUACAAGAGAGUGGUUUGUGAGUGUUUAUCUUCUGUCGGUGUGUGUAUUAUGCUAAGAGCUUUUGUGAAUAUAUGAAAGUUUGUUUCAAUUAAACUA